CCCGCCGGGGCCCGCGCCGGCCAGCGCCUGCCCUAUGAGUGUGUCACUGGUGGUCAUUCGACUGGAGCUAGCGGAACACUCGCCCACCCCCGCCGGCUUCGGCUUCAUCGCCGCCGCUGGGGAAAUGUCCAAUGAGGAGAUCAAAAGGAAGACACUCGCUGCCGCCAAAGCCUGUUUAGAAGGGAAGUCCCCAGGGGAGAAGGCAGCGAUCAUACACCAGCACCUUGGCCGUCGAGAAAUGACAGAUAUGAUCAUCGAGACCAUGAAGUCCAGCUCAGAUGAGUUAAAAGCUACAUCGGAAGAAGAAAAGUCUUCAGAAGUCUCCCCCAGUGCACAGCGGAGUAGGGAUCAAAGUAAAGAAUGCAUCAGUGCUACUCCUGACUCUCCAUCUAAACAGCUUCCGGACCAGAUCUCAUUCUUCAGUGGGAAUCCAUCUGUUGAAAUAGUCCAUGGUAUUAUGCAUCUGUACAAGACCAAUAAGAUGACCUCCUUAAAAGAAGAAAUAAGACGCAGUGCCAUGCUGUGUAUCCUCACAGUCCCUGCGACAAUGACCAGUCAUGAUCUUAUGAAGUUUGUCGCCCCGUUUAAUGAAGUGAUUGAACAAAUGAAAAUCAUCAGAGACUCUACGCCAAACCAGUAUAUGGUGCUGAUAAAGUUUAGUGCACAGGCUGAUGCAGACAGCUUUUACAUGGCAUGCAAUGGCCGACAGUUUAACUCAAUAGAAGAUGAUGUUUGCCAACUGGUCUACGUGGAAAGGGCUGAAGUUCUGAAAUCAGAAGACGGUGCCAGCCUCCCCGUGAUGGACCUGACGGAGCUGCCCAAGUGCACAGUGUGCCUGGAGCGCAUGGACGAGUCGGUGAACGGCAUCCUCACCACGUUGUGUAACCACAGCUUCCACAGCCAGUGUCUACAGCGCUGGGACGACACUACGUGUCCCGUGUGCCGGUACUGUCAAACGCCAGAGCCAGUCGAAGAGAACAAGUGUUUCGAGUGUGGUGUUCAGGAAAAUCUUUGGAUUUGUCUGAUAUGUGGCCACAUCGGCUGUGGGCGGUAUGUAAGCCGACACGCUUACAAGCACUUUGAGGAAACCCAGCACACGUACGCCAUGCAGCUUACCAACCAUCGCGUCUGGGACUACGCUGGAGAUAAUUAUGUCCAUCGGCUUGUUGCAAGUAAAACAGAUGGGAAAAUUGUGCAGUAUGAAUGUGAAGGUGAUACUUGCCAGGAAGAGAAAAUAGAUGCCUUACAGUUAGAGUAUUCAUAUUUACUCACAAGCCAGCUGGAAUCUCAGCGAAUCUACUGGGAAAACAAGAUUGUUCGGAUAGAGAAGGACACCGCAGAAGAGAUUAACAACAUGAAGACCAAAUUUAAAGAGACCAUUGAGAAGUGUGAUAACCUAGAACAUAGAUUAAACGACCUCCUCAAGGAAAAGCAAUCCGUGGAAAGAAAAUGCACUCAGCUAAACACAAAAGUGGCCAAGCUCACCACGGAGCUGAAAGAGGAGCAGGAAAUGAAUAAGUGUUUGCGAGCCAACCAAGUCCUCCUGCAGACUAAGCUGAAGGAGGAGGAGAGGGUGCUGAAGGAGGCCUGUGACCAGAAAGACCUGCAGAUCACGGAGAUCCAGGAACAGCUGCGAGACGUCAUGUUCUACCUGGAGGCGCAGCAAAAGAUCAACCACUUGCCUGCCGAGGCCCGGCAGGAGAUCCAGGAGGGACAGAUCAACAUCCCCAUGGCCUCAGCUGCCAGUGCCCCCUCCGCGGGUGGCAGUGGGAAGCUGCCCUCCAGGAAGGGUCGCAGCAAGAGGGGCAAGUAACUGGCAGAGGACAGCUGUCCUCACUGCCCUUGAGAGGAGGUUGUGCUGGAACGUGCAGCUGCAUUUGAGGGUGGACACUGGAUAAGUACAUGGAGC